AUGGCGGUCGACCAAUCAGGCGACGCCAGGUCAUCGUCCCCCAUCCCGCACAUUGGCUUGCGAAAGCAUGUAAAGAAUCGACUAUCCAGGAUACUGGGACACGUGAAAGGGAAGUUUCUGGGUAAUGGGGAAGAAGAGGAAAGGGCAGAUGCUGGGGACGGGUGGGAGGAGGGGGAACGCGCAGGGAAAGGGCACGCGGAGGAGGGCGGGUGGGGAAGAGCGGGGGAGGGGGAGUGGGGGGAGAGCGAGGGGGACGGGGAGGGCAGCGAGAGCAGUUUCGUGCCUGGGAGCGAGGGGGGCAGCGUGGUGGUAUGGAGCGAGUCAGGCACGGUGACCACAGGGGGCGCGUGGAGCGAGGCGGAGAGCGUGGUUAUCCACCCCUCCCACAGCGCUGCUAAUAGUGCAGCAGCGCGUGCCUCGAAGCAGCAGCAGCAAGGGCGCGUUGGGGGGCGUGCGGGGGAAGAGCAGGGCCAGAGCAGCAGGGGAAAUGCGCGGGGGAGCGGGUGGAGAGGCGGAGAGGAAGCGGAAGAGGAGGGAGCACGCGCGCAGGUCCCUGUGCGCAAAACUGCCGCGGACUGGUUUGAUGAUGACGAGGAUGACGAGUGGGGGCUCGCCGGCGAGGCGAGGCGGGAAGACUCUGAGAGGGGGGCGGGGAGCGCAGGUGGGAGUGGCAGCUGGGGUAGGAGUGGGAACGAGCAGCAGCGCGCGCAUGGCGGGGGGAGGGGCGCAGGGGGGUUGACACGCAAGCCCGUUGACCUGGUGGGGGCGGACGAGGUUGAUGAUAGUAGUGAGAGCGGUUCUAGCGAGGGGGAGACGGAGGAGGAGAGGCGGCGGAGAGAGGAGGUGCUGCGCAGGCGGAGGGCGCAGGUGGAGGGGGCGCGCGGGGGACGGGGGUCUGCGCAGAGUGGCAGUGGGUGGGGUGGGGGGAAGAGUGAGGAGAGAGGGAGUGGAAAGGAGAGGGGGAGUGGUAAAGAGAGGGGGAGUGGGAAGGAGAGAGGGAGCGGGAGGGAGAGAAGGAGUGGAAGGGAAAAGGGGAGUGGGAAGGAGAGAGGAAGUGGGAGGGAGAGAGCUACAGCAAGCAAACAAGAUGCGAGUGAGGCUUAUGUGCAAGGGGACAGCGCCAGACGAGCAGCAGGCGCAGCAGCCGCAUGGGAGAGGAUUGUUGGGAAGAACUCAGGCCCUUCCCCUGCUGCACCUACUCAUGCCCCUGCUGCCCCUGCUGUUUCUGCCCCUGCUGCAUCUACCCCUGUCGCGUCCGCCCCUGGUACACCCACCUCAAAAGCCACCACCCCCGUGGCAUCCUCAGCCCUGCCUGACUUCGACUCGCUCAGCGACACCAGCAGCAGCAACAGCGACAGCAGCCGCAGCCACGUCAGCGGCAGCAAGAGCAGUCAUCAGGGCAGAGGCAACGGCAAGGGCAGGGUGUCGAUGGUACCACGCUCCUUCCCCAUGAGUCUGAGCACCACGGAGCACGGCUUUCUCUCCAGCCCUGAGUACGAUGAAGCCCUGGGCAGUGGCCAAGCGCCCUCCAUGCUCCCCAAGUCCUUCCUCCCCCCAUCCCGCAGCCUCACUACUGCUGGUGAAGCCGCUGCUGCCGGUGCUUCCGGGGGCAGCAGCUGGACUUCUAGCCUCGGCGCCCCUGCGUCUGCUGCCAGCCCUGCUGGAGGCUCGGGGAUAGGCUCGGGGAUAGGGUCUGGUGCGGGUCUGGGGUCGUGGAAGAGCAUGAAGCGCAGGCUCGGCCGGGCCACGAGCGUGGGCUCGGUGCAGACGGAUAUGGACGGGUGGUGGAGUGAGGAUGGGUGGAGCGAGAUGGGGAGGGGUGAUGGGCGGGACGAGGUGGGCAGCUGGUGGGACGAGGAGAGUGUGAUGAGCAGCUUCAGGGGGGAGAGGGGGGGCGGUGGAGGGGGGACAGGGGGGUGGAUGCGGAGUCUGUCUCGGGGGAGCAUUGGAGGGGGAGGGGAGUGGGGGGAAAGCGGGAGUGUCCCCGGCACACCAUCCUCUGGGCGGCCCAAGACUGCAGACCCAGCAUUCGGCCGCAGUGGGCUGGGACGCCUGAAUUCCGGCGAGGGAUUGGCAGCAGGGGGGGGAGUUGGGGGGGAUGGCGCGGGCGCGGAAGGGGGCGGAGGGGAGGCGGACGUGAGGGCGUCGAGCUCGUUUCUGGUGAACUGGCGGCGCAAGCGGCGGCAGCUGCAGCAGGAGCAGGCACGGAUGCAGGACGCUCUCGCAGCAGGGGGAGGGGUGGGCCGCCCGGAGCGAGGGUCCAGGAGGUUCGGCGCCACCGCCAAGCCUCUGGUUCGGAUCCGAGGCUCGGGGGUAGGUUCGAUGGGGGGGAUGGACGGGGGAAAGGGGUUGGAGCGGGUGGUCGAGAGGCGUGGGGAGGGGGGUUGGUCGGAAUCAUGCAGCAGUGGGAGUGGUGGUGGUAGUGCCAACAGCAGUGGGCGGAGGGUGGGGGAGGCUGAUAGCCAAAGCAGCAGCAGGCGAGGGAAUGGUGUUGGGAGCUCUACCCUUGCUGCUCCCGGUCCCUUACGUACUGCUGCUUCUGCUGCUGCUGCUGCUGCGAGUGGUUCUGCUGCUGGUGCUGGUGGUGGUGGCAGGGGCAUGGGCAGCAGUGGGGCUGCGGGGGGAAGGGCGCUGGUGAAGCAUGCGAGCUGGCAGCAGGAGAGGGUGAGCAGGCAGGGCAGCCCCUGGGGGUCCAGGGGAGCAGGCGCAGGGGCAGGCGCGCUGCAGCAAUCCGUGGGGCAAGGGGAGCGUGGUAACGAGAGGGGACGCGAGGGGGGCGAUGCUAGGGCGAGAGGAGGAGAUGGCGGUGGGAGGGGCGUGGGAGGGCGGCAGUUUGUGCGGCACUUGAUCCAGCUGGCCGCUCUCCAUUGGCUGGGAGGGGGGGAAGCAGGGAUUGGGGGUCAGGACGAGCAGGGGCGCCUGAGGCAGCCGGGGGAGCAACAGGGGAGCGGCGGUUUGUGCGGCACCUUAGUCUGCAGGAGGAGGGGGGGGGGGCGCCAUAGGAAGAGCUUCAGUCAGUGGUCCAUAGGCCUGGGCCUCGCCGCUGCUGCUACUUCGCCUGCAACGCCAGGCUCGGCAGGAGGCUCGGAACGUAGGUCCGGGCUGGGUGGUUCGGAGAGGCGGUUGGCUCGGAGGAUGAGUCUGGGAGGUGGGGAGGUUUUCAGUGCUAGCGAGUUGGGGAUAGCCGUGGAGCGGCGGGAGGGGUGGCGCGAGGGUGUGGGGGGACUGCUGAGAAAGGUGGCAGGGGGUAGCAAGGACGAGAGCACAGCAGGUGCUGCUGCUGCUGCUGGGGCUGGUGGGAGGCGCAGUGGCGGUGUGGGGGGGCAGCAGCAGAGCAAUCUGGCAGGGGGAAGUGGGGCGGAGGCAGGAGAGAGGGGCGCAGGGGGAGGAGGGGAGGCGAGGGCGGAGAGGCGGGCACGGUACGCCCUGAGGGGCGUGCAGGGCAGCCGGCUGCGGGAGCGCGCGUUCCGACAGCGAUGGGGUGCCGGUGGGGCGACGCCUGUUGUGGAGGAGGGCGAGGAGGAAGGCGAGGAGAGUGAGGGGAGCGCGGCAAGCGAGGGGAGGGUGGCGGAUGGGGAGGGGAGGAGAGGGCGGAGUGAGGUGGAAAGGAGGGCGGAGGGCAAAGGGGAGAGGGGGGACAUUGGGGAGAGGGGGGACAUUGGGGAGAGGGGGGACAUUGGGGAGAGGGGGGACAUUGGGGAGAGGAACGGAGAGCGGAAGAGUGAGGUGAAUGGGGAGAGGAAAGGGGAGGGGAAUGUGGUGGAAACGGAGGAGAACAAAGGGGAGGGAAAGGGCGACGGAAGGAUGGAAGAGAUGGAGGUGAAGAAGGAACAGGGGCUGCAAAGUGUCUCGGACAUGAGGAGGAGGAGUUUUGGCGAGGAUUCAAAUGGGAGCCGUCUCUUCCAUGAGAGUCGUGAACGAAUGAGAGGAGGUGAAGAUGCGGAAGGGACAUGCCGCAAGGUAGAGCAGGAGGCGGGGAGAAUGAGUGGCGGAACGAGAGAGGAGAGUGGCUGUGGCGGGGGCGAGGACAGCAGAGAGGUCCGAGGGAGGAAUGAGGAGGGUGUGGGCGGAGGAGGGGAGAGGGACGGGCAGAGCACAGCUAGGGAUGCUGAAGCAGGGAACGGGAGCAGUGAUGGGGGCGGUGGUGGGAGUGGUGGUGGGGGCAGUGAGAGGGGACGUGAAUUGCCAUGGAAAUCAGGCUGGCAGAAGCAGGCGGGGCAACUGAUGUGGGUGUAUGAGGCGCGUGGGGUAGAGAAGGAGAUGGGCCAUGCGGUGAGGGCGGAGGAGCAGUUUCAGAGACACAUGCAUGGUGAGAUGCAGGGGCAGCGGAAGGAGCAGGAAAGGGAAGUGAAGGAGAAGGAGAAAGAGAGGGUGCGGGAGAGGGAGCGGGAGUGGGAGCAGGGGAGGGAGCAGGAGAGGGAGAAGGAGAAGGAGAAGGAGAAGCGGCAGGAGAGAGAAAAGGAGCAGCAUGAGGUGCAGAGGAAGCAUGGUCAGGGCGGGGCAGGGCAGGAGUUGGUGCAUGCAGGGGGGGUUGGGAAGGAGGGCAGGGUGGUUGUGGGUGCAGGUGCAGGCAGCAGACGGCUGUUGACCCGCAGCUCCAGUGUGCCUCAUCCUGCUGCCCUUGCUCUGCCCCACCCGCAUCCUGCUCCUGCUGCCUCCCUUCUCUCGGACCCAUCACGCUCUAGCUCACAGCAUCAACAGCUCCAGUCCCCGCACCACUUACCGCAGUCCCCGAACCACCAGCACCGCCAGCCCGGUCGACCCAGAGGCCUCGUGAAGACUCUCAGCCUGCCGCCCUCUGCGCUCUCCGCUGCUGCUUCUGCCUCUGGUGUUCACACUGUUGCACCUGGAGGGCCUACUUCUCCACUGCACCUUUCCUCCCUGGCACCAUGCUCCGUUCUACCCGCUCUGCACCCCUCUUCCCCCGCGCUGCGCCCCUCUUCCCCCUCACUGCGCCCCUCUUCCCCCUCACUGCGCCCCUCUUCCCCCUCACUGCACCCCUCUUCCCCCUCACUGCGCCCCUCUUCCCCCUCACUGCGCCCCUCGUCCCCCUCACUGCGCCCCUCUUCCCCCUCACUGCGCCCCUCUUCCCCCUCACUCCUCCCCUCCUCCCCCUCACUGCGCCCCUCUUCCCCCUCACUACGCCUGCGCCCCUCAUCCCCCACUCCCAUACCCAAUGGGGGAAGUGGUGUGAGGCGGGCAGGGGCACGAGCAUCUGAGCGCCCCUCAACCGCUCCAUUACAGUGCUCCUCCACUGCCCCUCAGGAGCGCCCCUCAACCGCUCCAUUACAGUGCUCCUCCACUGCCCCUCAGGAGCGCCCCUCAACCGCUCCAUUACAGUGCUCCUCCACUGCCCCUCAGGAGCGCCCCUCCGUGACCCCAAUGCAGCGCCCGUCCUCCCCUCAGCCUGCACUGCACAAGGCAGCAGGAGCAAGGGCGUCUGAUCAACGCAGCACAUAUGCAGCCGCCCGUUCAGCCCAUGCACCUGUCCCCCACCCUGUCCCCCACUAUGUCACACACCCUUCCUCUGCUGCCCACCUUUCACCUUCUCUUGACUCUUCCCCUGCCCUUGACCCGUCCCUUGCCACGCCAAUGGCGCAGCAGCCAAUGGGCAGGGCGGGGUGUGAGAUGGAUGAGGCUGAGGGUGGGGGCGCAGGUGGUACCAGAGGAGAGGAGCGGCAGCGGGAGUGGAAUGCAGGGGGAGAGAAGACGAAGAAGGGGAAGGAGAGGGGGGUUGGGAAGAAGGGAGGGCAGAGGAGGAAGGUGCACGAGGAGGGGGUGGAGGAAGAGAAGGGGGAGCGGAAUCCUUGGGACGGGGGCAAGGAGGAAGCGGAAGAGGUGGGGGCUGAGAGGGUGGUACGAGAAGGGGAGGAGUGUGGAGAGCACGGGGGGCAGCAUAAGAAGCAAGCGAGGGGUUCAGAUGGCUGUGUGCACGGUGAGGUGAGCAGGAGUGCGCACGGUGAGGUGAGCAGGAGUGCAGGGUCACCCAAGAAGAUCAGACACGAUGAGCAGCACACAAAGGGUCUCGAGAGGUCUGGACGCAAGGAGAGCAGCCGCCACGAGAAGGGCCGUGAGAAAGGUCAUGCAGUGGAGCAUGGGGAGGGGAGGGAGCAGGAGGUUCUGACCCCGAAGCAUCCAGAAAAGAGUCCGAGGAAAGCAGGGAAGGCAUCUAAGAGCCCGAAGGGUGCAGCAGCUGUGAAGAGCCCAAAGAGGUCCAGGAAGAGCCCGCGAGGGGUGGAGAAGAGCCCACGAGGGGUGGAGAAGAGCCCGCGAGGGGUGGAGAAGCAGCAUGGAAGGCACAAGGACAAAGACGAGGAGGGAUUACCUGUGGAGGUGGUGGGGGAUGGCGCAGCAGUGUGUGAAGCGGUUGAGAUGGGUGCAGUGGGGCAUGGGGUGCAAGGGAAGGGUGGAGCGCAGGAGCAUGCGAGUAUUGAGGGAAAAACGAUUGAAGGGAAGGAGGAGAGCGGGGCGGGGGAACGAGAGCAGAGGGACUUGGGUAAGGUGGAGGUGGAGGGUGAGAGUGGGAAGAGGGAACGGGACAAGAAGCAGCAGAAGGAGAAGCGGUGGAGGGAGAAGCGGCACAGUAGGGAGGAGAAGCGGCACAGUAGGGAGGAGAAGCGAGAGCAUGGGGGUGAGAUGGGGGAGGGUGAAGCGGAGAAGGGGCAGCACGGGGGGAAGAAAGAGGGGAAGCACGGGGGGAAGAAAGAGGGGAAGCACGGGGGGAAGAAAGAGGGGAAGCAAGGUAACGAGGGGCGAACGAGGGGAGAGAAUGCCGGAGAGAAGGGAAGCCUUGAGGAGAAGCAAGGGGAGCAUGGUGACAGGAAGGGUCAUGGGAAGAAAAAAGAUGGGGAGCAUAGGGAAAAGAAGGGGAAGCAUAGGGAGGAGAAAGGGGAGCAGAAGCAGGGGAGUGAGCAUGGGGAAGCAUCUUGUGAGGCUGGCGGUGGUGUCAAGGCAGAAAGGGAGGCGGGCAGGAGGGAAGGGGGAGCGAGGCGAGGGAGGGAAAAGGAGAAGCGGAGGAAGAGCAGCAGUGGGUCAGACUCCGUGCUCUCACAUGCCCAUGCCCCCCUGGCCUCACCCCUGGACCACUCCUUGCCUCCCACCCCUACUGCUGCUGGUGUUACUGCUGCUGCGGCUGAGGCCACGCCAUGCCACACGGGUUCCAGCAGCUGUGCGUCCUCCUCAGACUUGAGUCUGGACCUGCAUGCCCAUCCGCACGCGCCCAUGCAUGCUGCCCUGCAUGCGCCCCUUGAUGUGGCACAUCCCCUCAUACACACUUCUGCUGCAGCACCCAUCCAUGCCACACCUCCCCCUGCGCCCGGCACUGCAUGCCAAAACGGGACAGCUGGCACUCGUGAUGAUGGUGGCAAUGGUGGCGAUGGCACUGACUCGCAGCAGCACGCGCAGGCAGCUUCACACUUGGAGGAGCAGCUUGUUGAUUGGAACAGCACCGCUGUUGCCGGUGCUGCUGGUGGUGCUGCCAUAGUGGCUGCUGAUGAGCAUGGAGGUGCGUGCCUGGAAGGCAGCUCGGGAGUGCAGACAUUAGGACAGCAGGGGUGGGUGCACGAUGGUGGGGAUGCACUGCUGUGUGGCGAUGGGGAGGAGAGGGGAGAUGGAGAGGAGCAAGGGGAAAGCGGGGAGGAGGAGGAGGACAAGGUGGAGGUGGAGGAGGGGGAGGUAGGGGAAGAAGGGGAGGACGUUGAAGAUGGAAAGGAAGCGGAAGAGGGGGAGGAGGGGGAGGAGGAGGAGGGGGAGGAGGGCGAGGAAGUGAGGUGGGUGGAGGUGUAUGGCAUGGUAGCUGUGGAGGAUGAGGUGCUGCUGGUGGGGGUGGAAGCACAUGAGGCGAGCUGUGAUGCAAUUGGUGGCACUAACGAGGAUGCACCCCAGGACCAGCUGACUGACCAGCAGACGCACGCAGAGCAGCAGCAGCAGCAGCAGCAGCAGCAGCAGCAGCAGCAGCAAGAGCAGGAGGAAUUGGAGCAAGAGGCGCAAGAGGAGAAAGAGCCGCAGAUGGGUUUCCUACGGAUUGAGGGGUCUGAGCAUGCUGAGGAGGGUCGAGAGAAGGAAUUAGCCGCAGCAGCUGUGUGUCAAGGCUUGCAUGCAGAAGCAGCCACUGUGGCAGAUGAUGACGUGGCAGGCGCUGGUGGGACAGGUGGUGAUGUGGCAGGCGAGGCUGGUGCCAUGACAGAGGCUGUGGUGGAUGCAGCAUCAGCAGACGCUGCAAGGAAUAUCAGCCGAGAGGCAUCUCAGCGUGCUACCAGCCACAAGGAGAGUCGCAGCGGCAGCGAAGCAAGCAGGGAGGAUGGCGAGAGUGGUUCGGAGGAGGAGCAAGGGGCUGUGAGCGCAAGCAAUGAGGGCGAGGGGCAGGGCCGCAGGGCAGCGCUGCACUCACCUCUGCACCUGGGGUCGUUCAAGCUGACUGCAUGGAGCCCUGGCAGUGCUGCACUCGAGGGUAGCAGAGGGGACAGCAUAGGCGCUGCCAUCAAGGGCACGGAGGAGCAGAGGAGCUUCCGCUUCCACCCCGCCAGCUCUCUUGUCAUCCACGUGCCCCGCACCGCGUCCCCCUCGCCCCCCCCACUCCCCCGCCUCCUCCUCACCCUCCUCCUCCGCCCUUACUCCCGCUCCAGCCACCCCCACGGCCCCUCUCACGCCCUCCACGCCUCUCACCCCUUCCACCCCUCUCACCCCUCGUCGCAGCAUCUUCACGCCUCGCUCGCUGCUCUCUGCGUCGCUUGGGGCGUUUACUGGUAG